GGAUAACUCUAAAUGUAUCGGCAUGGCUAUUACUUUCAUAAUGUCGGUGUAGCACUUGUUGGAUAUCCUAAAUUUUCAAGGACAUUGGCUCUACACUGUUUAUUCAAGCAUAAAUAUUAUUUAUUAUAUAUUUUGAAAAAUCACCCAUACAAAAUGAGUUUAAGAGCGCUUUAUAUUACUCACUUACCUUCAGUAUUGGGGAAAAAAUUCACUCAAAAGUUAUCAUGUUCAUGCUGGUAUUCCACAAGAAAAGUUGGAGAAGUGAUAGCAGAUAUAGAGAAAAUCCGAAACAUUGGGAUCUCAGCCCAUAUUGAUUCUGGGAAAACUACAUUGACAGAACGCCUUCUAUUCUACACUGGAAGAGUGGCUGAGAUGCAUGAGGUAAAGGGUAAAGAUCUUGUAGGAGCAAAGAUGGAUUUUAUGGAAUUAGAAAGACAAAGAGGAAUCACCAUCCAAUCAGCUGCCACUUAUGUCAUGUGGAAAGAUCACAAUAUAAAUAUUAUCGACACUCCUGGGCAUGUGGACUUCACCGUUGAAGUUGAGAGAGCGUUGCGUGUGCUAGAUGGUGCAGUCCUUGUGUUGUGUGCAGUGGGGGGUGUCCAAAGUCAGACGUACACAGUCAACAGGCAGAUGAAGCGUUACAAUGUCCCCUGUUUGGCUUUCAUCAACAAGCUUGACAGGCAGGGUUCUAAUCCCAGCAGAGUGCUACAUCAGCUAAGAUCCAAACUACUUCAUAAUGCAGCAUUUGUAAACAUUCCUAUUGGCCUUGAAGGAAACCUUAAAGGCAUUGUUGAUCUUAUUCAUGAAAAAGCCAUUUAUUUUGAGGAGCCCCAUGGACUUACGUUAAGAGAAGAUGAGAUUCCUUCAGAUCUUAGGGCUGAGGCUAAGGACAAAAGACAAGAGAUGAUUGAAAUGGUGUCAAAUGUUGAUGAUCAGCUAGGAGAAAUAUUUUUAGAAGAGAAAACCCCCACAGCCCAAGAUAUCAUGUCGGCCAUCAGACGUGCAGCCAUCAAGAGAAACUUUACUCCUGUCUUGGUUGGUUCAGCUUUAAAAAAUAAAGGGGUGCAACCUUUGCUGGAUGCAGUUUUGAAUUACCUGCCCAAUCCAUCAGAGGUUACAAAUAUUUGCUUGGAUAACAGUGCAGGGGUUGAAAACUCAGUGAAGUUUAACCUGAAUCCUGCCAGAUCAAUUGAUCCACCUUUUGUUGGGCUGGCAUUUAAGCUGGAGGCAGGAAAGUUUGGCCAGCUUACUUACAUGAGAGUCUAUCAAGGUGGAGUCUGCAAAGGGGACACAAUCAUCAACACAAGGACACAGAAGAAAACUAGAGUACAGAGACUUGUCAGGAUGAAUGCAGAUGAGAUGGAGGAUGUGAGUGAAGUAUAUUCCGGGGACAUUUGUGCACUCUUUGGUAUUGAUUGCCAUGGUGGAGAUACUUUUGUCACUAAAGGAAAUCUUCAUCUUUCAAUGGAGUCUAUGUUUAUCCCUGAACCUGUCAUCUCAAUGUCCAUCAAACCUGUGAAGAAAGCAGAUAUUGAAAGUUUUUCUAAGGGGAUCGCCAGGUUCACCAAGGAGGAUCCAACAUUUCGGGUACAGUGGGACGACGAAUCUAAGGAGUCCAUUGCCUCGGGCAUGGGAGAACUGCAUCUGGACAUUUAUGCACAGAGACUGGAGCGUGAGUUUGGCGCCCAGUGUGUGCUGGGCAAACCCAAGGUGGCCUUUAGGGAAAGUCUGCUCAAGCCCUGCGAGUUUAAUUACCUGCACAAGAAGCAAACAGGUGGACAGGGCCAGUAUGCUCGGGUCAUUGGGGUCGUAGAGCCUCUUGGAGCAGAGAACAACACACAACUGGACUUUGUCAGUGAAAUUGUUGGUACAAGUGUCCCCAGACAAUAUAUUGCAUCAGUCAAAGCAGGCUUCCUAAAAGCUUGUGAGAAAGGUGGUUUGGCUGGGCACAAGGUGGCUGGCAUCAGGUUCAGGCUUCAGGACGGUGCUAAUCAUGCUGUUGAUUCAAGUGACCUGGCUUUUCAAUUAGCCACAGAGAUGGCCAUGAAAGAAGUUUUUGAAUCUGGGAUGUGGAACAUUCUAGAACCAGUUAUGACAGUUGAAAUCAAUGCCCCAGAGGAAUACAAAACAGCAGUCAUUCAAAACAUCAUGAAAAGAAAUGCAGUCAUUCAAGGCACUGACAGUGUUGAAGGAUUCUUCACCUUGUACUGUGAGGUUCCUUUAAAUGACAUGUUUGGGUACGCCACAGAGCUGCGCUCCCUGACACAAGGGAAGGGAGAGUUUACAAUGGAGUACAGCAGAUACUGCCCAACACAGGCAGAGGUGCAGGAGAAGCUGAUACAGGAAUACCAGGAGCUCUCAGAACAACAACAGAAAAAGAAGAAAAAUUGACCCUAAUCUUAUGUUUAGAGUAAAUAACACUGUUAUCUUUGGUAAAAAGGAUUGUGUUUAGCAUUGAAUAAACAUGCCCAGAUUCUUUCAACUGGAUAAAUUCACACAAGUUUUAAGAAUCAACAUUUAAAAUAGGGUUUACCAUUUCAUUGUUUGUUAAAUAUGGUCUAGUUCAGCUGUUGAGAGACAUGGACAAGAGCUAGGAGAGGGGCAAAAACUUUUACAGAAAUAUCCAAUCUAUGUAAAUUAAAAAUAUACAACUAUAAAUUAAUAAGUACAUGUGCAAAUUCAACUGGAUAAAUUCACACAAGUUUUAAGAAUCAACAUUUAAAAUAGGGUUUACCAUUUCAUUGUUUGUUAAAUAUGGUCUAGUUCAGCUGUUGAGAGACAUGGACAAGAGCUAGGAGAGGGGCAAAAACUUUUACAGAAAUAUCCAAUCUAUGUAAAUUAAAAAUAUACAACUAUAAAUUAAUAAGUACAUGUGCAAAUUACGUUUUGUCUCCAUCACCUCAUCAUCUUUUCCUGUUCUUGAGCUAGAAAUGUGGCAGAUGAAGUAGAGUUCAUUUGUUUCAAUCACCCCAGCAUACAGUGAAAUAGUCUCCAUGGACUGCUUGAUUGCCUUGACGGCAUCCUACAGUCAUUCAAAGUAAAAUACCAGGUGAACAGCAAUUUAUCAGUGUACAAAAUGAUGGCCCAGAGCUCAUUAAAGUGUUGUAUAUUGAGUAUUUAGUAAAAAAAUAAAUUAUUCAGCAUCUGUGAAAGUAUAAAUUUGCUUAGGGUAAGA